AUGAAGCUCGAAUACGCCCUCCUCCUCGCUGCGCCGAUGCAGAUCUGCGCUGCAUCUCUGCCCUUCUUCCAGCAGACUCCUCUGACGACCCUGGAGGAGCAGUUCCCUGUCGAUGGUGACAACCCGUUGGGAUAUUGCACCGACCCGAAAGACGAUAUUCUCGAGAUCACCUCGGUGAACCUCUCUCCAAACCCACCUGAGCCUGGCCAAACCCUCACCAUCGAGGCCGAAGGAACUUUCCACGAACCUGUCGAGAGAGGCUCCAAGAUCCACCUCGAGGUCAAAUACGGACUGAUUAAACUGAUCAAGACCGAUGCCGACCUCUGCGACGAGAUCGAGGCCAAUACCGACCUGAAGUGUCCGCUACAAGGAAAGCAGAAGUUUGUAAAGCAGGUCGAAAUUCCCAGCCAGGUUCCACCAGGCCGAUAUGCCGUUUUGGCCGAUGUCUACACCAAAGAUUCGGAGCGUGUUACCUGUCUUCAAGCUCGUGACAUUGUCUUUUAA